GUCAAGUUUCACAACAUCAUUGCUUUUGUCUCCGACUCUGCAGCAUAUUGCAAGAAGACGCAUAGAGAUGUUCUCACACCGGUGUUCUCAAAGUCUGUGCAUGUUGGCACAUAUCCUCAACCUGGCUGGGGAACGCUUCACACACUGCUACCCUGGUCACGAUGGUGAAAUCAUCGUUCUUCAAGAAGCCUGGAAGGAAGAGUCGGUACUUGGCCUACCUGGCUGAGUUCUUGCCGUCUGAACAGGUCAAGCUUCCACCAGUGCCUGUUUCAACCAGGUGGAAUUCCUGGUUUGCUGCAGUGAUAUACCGGGCUGCACAGAUACACCUGUAUCACGGCUUUUUCAGUGUGUCAGUGUUGUGUCCUUUAGCUGAGGAGAGCCAGGGCAUAGCACUCAAAAGGAUCGUGGAACUAUGUGGUCACAAGGAGAUCUACCCAGAGAUCCUGUUGCAGGUGCACUUCAUCACGGAGAACUGUCCCAGACACGUCACAAAUCUGACUUCUCUAGAGGCCACCCACGACCCCUUGGCCUGCACUGUUUACAACACCAUGGAGGAUCUGAGGGCCUACUUGAAGGCAGGCACCACUACAAACUCUUUUGUCCCAGAGUCAGACAGACUGUUGGGAAAGCUGAAGGGCCAGGAGAAGACCAAGCAGAGGUUUCCAGGUCUGGCUGCUGUGGCACAAGAUGCCAUUUGGAUGCCUGUUGAUGCCAGUGUGGACGUGGAGAGGUCCUUCUCCCAGUACAAGCACCUCAUGGAUGACAGAAGAGAGGGCCUCACUGAGGCAAACACAAAGCAGCUAUUGAUGCUGUACUACACUACUAUGGAGACAUUAGGGACUUUAAGCAGCGACGGUUGA